CACCCACUUCCCCUCCUCUCCUCUCCUCUCUUCUCCUCUCACCCGCGACCUCGCUGCUCGCCUCGAUCUCCCGAUCUGCUCGUCCCCAAGCGCCGCGAUUCGCCGCGGGUGGAUCCGACGCCGCCGGAUUUGAGCGUGGGAUUCGACUCACUCGGAUCAGGUUUGCGUCGCCGGUGGUCCGAUUCGGGUGGCCAUGGCCACGCCCGACGACGGCGGAGGGGGUGUCGGCGGCGGCGCGGGGAAGAAGUUCUGGCGCUCCGCGUCGUGGUCCGCCUCCCGGGACACGCCGCCCGAUGCGGCGACGCCUGCGGGGGCGGGCGGCGGCGGCGGCGCGGGGGCAGGGCAGGCGCGCCGCAUCCCGCCGCCGCCGCCUCUGACCCCGCGCGGCGGGAAGGGGCGGUCCUGCCUCCCGCCGCUGCAGCCGCUCAACAUCACCCGCCGGAGCCUCGACGAGUGGCCGCGGGCGGGCUCCGACGACGUGGGCGAGUGGCCCAACCCGACCACCCCCGGCGCCUCCAAGGCGGAAGGCGCCGGCUCGGCCAAGCCCGGGGAGGGCCUCCGCUUGGACCUCUCAUCCCUCCGGUCGCAGGGUCGCAAAGACCAGAUCGCCUUCUUCGACAAGGAGUGCUCCAAGGUUGCUGACCACGUCUACCUUGGAGGCGACGCCGUUGCCAAGAACCGCGACAUCCUGCGCAAGAACGGGAUCACCCACGUGCUCAAUUGUGUCGGCUUCGUUUGUCCUGAGUACUUCAAGUCGGACCUCGUCUACCGGACGCUUUGGCUUCAGGACAGCCCGACGGAGGACAUCACCAGCAUCUUGUAUGAUGUGUUUGAUUACUUUGAGGACGUCAGGGAGCAGGGUGGGCGUGUCUUCGUACAUUGUUGCCAGGGGGUAUCAAGGUCUACAUCGCUGGUGAUAGCGUACUUGAUGUGGAGGGAAGGGCAGAGCUUUGACGAUGCGUUCCAGCUUGUGAAAGCUGCCCGGGGGAUCGCAAAUCCAAAUAUGGGGUUCGCUUGCCAGCUACUCCAGUGCCAGAAGCGGGUUCAUGCGAUUCCGCUAUCUCCAAACUCGGUUCUGCGGAUGUACCGGAUGGCACCUCACUCACCUUAUGCGCCGCUGCAUUUAGUACCCAAAAUGCUGAACGAACCCUCACCUGCUGCCCUGGACUCUAGGGGUGCAUUCAUCGUUCAUGUGCUCUCAUCGAUCUAUGUUUGGGUUGGAAUGAAGUGUGAUCAAGUAAUGGAGAAGGAUGCAAGAGCAGCGGCGUUCCAGGUGGUGAGGUAUGAGAAGGUGCAGGGGCAUAUCAAAGUUGUCAGGGAAGGAAGUGAGGUACCAGAAUUUUGGGACGCCUUUUCAAGUGCACCUGUUAAUUCAGACAGCAAUACAAAGAUUAGCAAGGAUCAGAUUGAUUCAGCAUCCAAGACUGGCCCGGGGAACCGUAGGGUGGAAUCUUAUGAUGCUGAUUUUGAGCUUGUAUACAAAGCAAUCACUGGGGGUGUUGUGCCAGCAUUCUCUUCUUCAGGUGCUGGUGAUGAGACCCAUCUUCCAGCAAGAGAAAGUACCUGGAGUUCACUAAGGCGCAAGUUCAUCUCUAGGUCGUUAGCUCGAGUCUAUUCAGAUUCUGCUUUAAUCAGGGACUUGGAUCCGCGGGUGGACCGAGUACAACACCUGGCUGCAGAGGCAUCAACAUCACCACCUUUCCUAUCUCCGAGCUCUUUGUCAUCAGAUUCAAGCAUCAGUUCAAAGUAUAGUUCAGACUCACCCUCACUGUCACCUUCAACUAGCUCGCCAACAUCACUUGGUCUUUCGCCCGCUUCAUCUAAUUUUUCCCACACUUUGGUGCCAUCAUCUAGGUCCCCCCUUCACCAAUCAUCUAACGAGGAACCUUCAAAAUCUGGCCUGGGGUCAAUACGCUCUCCCUCCAAGACCUCUUCUAUAGCAGAAAGAAGAGGAGGGUUUUCAUCUCUGAAGUUACCAUCAUUCCAAAAGGAUCUAGUAUUACCACCAAGGGUACCGACCAGCCUUCGCAGAGAAGAGGAAGUCACAGAUAAGAGUAAUAAUAAUAGUGUAAAACAGCUUACUGGUGUGUGUUGCCCAGAGAAAUGCACUGGCAAUACUUCAACAGUGCACACUAAAACUGGAAUAACUGAGCGUACUGACAGUAUCUCAGAGGCUUGCGGUAAUUUACAACUAUUAGUCUACCGUUGGCCCAGCAAGGAAAAGCUAACUACUUUCACUCGCAAGGAUCUUGACCCAAAAUCAGUUUUGAUUUUUGUUACUCCUGAAGACAGCAGAAGUGAAGCAGUUAAAACGGUACACAUUUGGGUAGGAGGUGAAUAUGAGAGCAGCAAAUGUGUUGACACUGUUGAUUGGCAGCAAGUUGUUGGUGAUUUUUUUCAUCUAAAGGAGCUCGGCAAUACUCUUCCUGUUAAGGUUUUCAAAGAGCAUGAAACGGAGAAUCUUUUGGAAGUGCUGAAUGCUCGUUAAUGGUAGGCUCAGGCUGUAGGUAUCAGCAUAUUGUAGUAGCUUAACAAAGUCAGCCGUGAAGUAUGAUUGAAUGAAGGCAUCUCCUCCAGAAUCGCUCCAUGCGGUGGUGAUUUUCAGCGAGGUAUAAGCCGUUACAACUAUUCCCCUUGAACAUAUAGACCACAGAUUCCAUUUAGUAGAACUGAUGAUGGAUUGGCAAUUGUGCCUACCUCAUAUGAUUUGCUUAUGGUCAGAAAAUGGGCAGGAGGCUGCCAGAACGUUGUAUCUGUGAGUUAAAACACACAUGGAUCAGGUUUUGGCACAAUUUGGGUGUAUAUUCUCCGCUCCCCUGUAAUGUAAGCUCAGAAACUGGGAGGCAACGGUGUCGUUUUCACCCUAAAAAUUUCUUGUACAUCUCGAAAAAGAAACAGAUCAGAUGUGUAAUCCUCUUGUCUUAUAAGUCCCUCCAUUGGUCUUAACUUUUAAGCUAACA